AUGGCACCAUCAUUCUUCAUCACUUUCUUCUUUUCUAUUAAUCUCAUCAACAUUGCUUAUUGUAUUUCUGACAUAGAUUCUCUCCUUAAAUUUAAAAACUCUCUUCAAAACACCGACGUUGCAUUAUCUUCAUGGAAUACAUCCAUGCCUCCAUGUAAUGCUGAUAAUGCAAAUUGGGCGGGCGUUCUUUGUUACAAAGGACAUGUUUGGGGAUUUAAACUCGAAAACAUGAACCUUAAAGGCAACAUUGACAUCGAUUCCAUCAAGGAUUUACCGUAUAUCAGAACCAUUAGCUUAAUGAACAACCAAUUCGAUACCACAUGGCCAGGCCUAAACAAACUCACCGGUCUUAAGAACAUUUACCUUUCUAAUAAUAAAUUCUCUGGCGAGAUUCCAGCAGAGGCGUUUCAAGCGAUGCAGUGGCUGAAGAAAAUUUAUCUCGACAAUAAUCAGUUCACUGGUCCUAUUCCAACUUCCCUUGCUUCAUUGCCGAGGUUGAUAUCUUUGCGGUUGGAUGGAAACAAAUUCACCGGUCCUGUUCCUGAAUUUAGAGAAACGCUUAAAUCAUUCAGCGUAGCGAAUAAUCAAUUAGAGGGUGAAAUACCUGCCAACCUUAGCAAGAUUCCAGCUUCAUCUUUUUCUGGUAAUGAAAAGCUGUGUGGAGCCCCUUUAGGAGCAUGUUCGUCGAAUAAGAAAUCAUCAAUAAAUUUGAGCCGUAUCGUGGUCGUGGUUCUUGUAAGUCUUGCACUGCUUGUGAUUGCAGCAGUAAUAUUAUAUGUCCUUGUUAAAAGAAGAAAAACUAAACAACAAGAAGAAUUAGGAGAAGGAGCUGGAGUAGCUGCAAACACCAGCAACAGGGAUAAUAAUAAUCAAAAGAAAGGAUCAUCAUCAAAUAAUAAUACAGACGAGGGUUCGGUAAGAUCACGCACAAGCAGUAAUACCAGUAGCAGAAAAGGAGAUAGCAAGUUGUCCUUUGUGAGGGAAGAAGUAUCAGCACAAUUUGAUUUGCAAGAUCUUUUGAGAGCCGCUGCUGAGAUAUUAGGAAGUGGUUGUCACAGUUCAUCCUAUAAGGCUGCUUUGUUGACUGGCCCUACUGUUGUCGUCAAAAGAUACAAACAAAUGAACAAUGUUAAUAGGCCAGAGUUUCAAGAGCACAUGAGAAGACUAGGAAGGUUGAAUCAUCCGAAUCUCCUUCCUCUCGUAGCUUACUACUACAAAAGAGACGAGAAACUUUUCAUCACCGACUUUGUUCCCAAUGGAAGCUUGGCCGUUCGCCUUCACGGAUACCAUUCUAUAGGACAGGAAAGCCUUGACUGGCCAAGCAGGUUGAAGAUAGUGAAAGGUGUAGCGAAAGGGAUUGAAUAUCUAUACAAGGAGUUGCCGAACUUGAUUGCGCCUCAUGGUCAUCUUAAAUCCUCAAAUGUUCUAUUGAACGAGUCAUUAGAGCCUAUACUAACCGACUACGGAUUAGUACCAGUGAUAAACCAGGAUGUUGCUCAUGAAAUAAUGGUUAUAUACGCGUCACCUGAGUAUUUACAGCACGGGAGGAUAACAAAGAAGACUGAUGUGUGGAGUCUCGGUAUACUCAUUUUGGAAAUUCUAACCGGAAAACUUCCUGCUAAUUUCCUACAACAAAGUGGUAAAGGGAGCGAGUUGAGUUUAGCGAAUUGGGUGGAUUCUGUUGUACCGGAAGAGUGGAGUAGCGAGGUUUUUGAUAAAGAUAUGGAGUUAACAAGUAAUAAUGAGGGGGAGAUGGUUAAGCUUUUGAAGAUUGCAUUGGAAUGUUGUGAUAUGGAUAUUGAUAAAAGAUUGGAUUUGAAAGAAGCUGGUGAAAGAAUUCAAGAGAUACAAGAGAAUAAUCAUGAAGAUGAUUUGAAUUCUUCUUAG